AUGGAUGACAUCAUGUUUACAAGUAGCAGUGAAAGGCUUGUGAGGGAAUUUAAGGCAUCUAUGCAAUCCAAGUUUGAAAUGUCUGACUUAGGCCAAAUGAAGUAUUUUUUGGGUGUAGAAGUCAGUCAAGGUGAUCAAGGAGUUUUCAUAUGUCAGAGGAAGUACACGAAUGAGCUCCUUGAUAAAUUUGGAAUGGUAGACAGUAACCCGGUGAGAAAUCCUAUUGUGCCAAGGACAAAGCUGAGUAUUGAGGGAGAUGGAGUGCCUGUGGACGAAACUCAAUACAAACAGUUGAUAGGCAACCUGCUAUUUCUCACGGCGACCAGACCGGACAUCAUGUUUGUGGUGUGUCUCUUGAGCAGGUAUAUGGCAAAACCUACAAGGCUACACAUGAUGUCUGCAAAACGUGUGCUAAGGUACAUAAAGGGGAUCGCGGAGUUUGGCAUACAGUAUCACAGAAAGGGGCAGGGGCGCCUAAUUGGAUAUACUGAUAAUGACUUUGCCAGGGACAAAGAUGAUAGGAAGAGCACCGGGGGUUAUGUGUUUUUCUUGGCGGGAGGAGCAAUUUCAUGGGCGUCCAAGAAACAGCCGGUUGUAACUUUGUCAACAAUCGAAGCCGAGUUUGUUGCCGUUGCUUCAUGUGCUGCACAUUGUAUAUGGCUAAAGCGAGUCCUUGAGCAGAUGGGAUGGGGCGAGAGUGUUGCAGGGGCAACUACUGUGUUCUGUGACAAUAAUUUCACCAUUAAAUUAUCCAAAAACCCUGUACUGCAUGGAUGGAGUAAGCACAUCGACGUUCAGUUCCAUUUUCUCAAGGAUUUGGUCAAAGAUGGAGUUGUGGAGCUGGUCUACUGUGGUACCAAGGUUCAAAUAGCUGAUAUUAUGACCAAGGAGUUGGGGCUUGAAGUUUUUGAACAGCUCAGAACUCAGCUUGGAGUCAUGAAGAAUGAGAAAGCUGUGGGAGUUGCUGGUGUUUAA